CCCCGCCCGGCGCUCCAGGUUCACUCUUGGUCUCUCACUCCGUGAGACACGGACGGCAGCUUUCUGAGCGAACCCAGCACCAAGCAGUAGCGGCGCCACCGCAACUGCCAUCGCCAGGACAAGCCCUGGGCACUGGGAGAGAAAGCGAAACGCGGCGCGUUCCUCCCUCUGCACGGUCCUCGCAGUGGACCCAGCAGCUCGGACCCCCUUUGCAACCACUUGGCGGGGUGUGCCAGGACUUGGGUCGCUGCUAGGGGAAGAGCCCGGGCUGGAGGCGGUGGCGGCCCGGAGCGAGGGUGUUGCUGCCAGGACUGGGUAGAAAGCCGAGAGCACUGCUCUGGGAGGAGGCGCCCGGAGCCGCGGGAGCCUCCCCGCUUCGUCGCUUAGCAGGCGGCACCGCCUCCCGGGCCGGGGCCGCUCGGCAGGGUCCUCUGCGUGUUCCCGGGCCCAGAGCCCGCGCACUAUGUGCCGGGCAGCGUUCUGAUAACCACCUACCGCUGCCUCCGCCGCGAUGAUCCCUCCCGAGCCUCCGCAGCCCCAGCUGCAGCAGCCACCGCCGCCGGCCCCGCCGAACCAUGUGGUGACCACCAUCGAGAACCUGCCAGCUGAGGGCAGCGGCGCCGGGAGCCUGUCCGCUUCCUCUCGGGCUGGCAUGCGCCAGAGGAUCCGCAAAGUGCUGAACAGGGAGAUGUUAAUCUCUGUGGCUUUGGGCCAAGUGUUAUCCCUUCUUGUUUGUGGAAUUGGUUUGACCAGCAAGUACCUGGCAGAAGAUUUUCAUGCCAACACACCAGUCUUCCAGAGCUUUCUGAAUUACAUCCUCCUCUUCUUGGUCUAUACCACUACUCUAGCUGUCAGACAAGGAGAAGAAAACCUCCUGGCAAUUUUACGACGAAGAUGGUGGAAGUAUAUGAUCCUGGGACUCAUAGACUUGGAAGCUAAUUACCUAGUGGUCAAGGCUUACCAGUACACAACUCUGACCAGUGUUCAGCUCCUGGACUGUUUUGUGAUCCCAGUGGUGAUUUUGCUGUCUUGGUUCUUCCUGCUGAUCCGGUACAAAGCUGUGCAUUUUAUCGGCAUCGUGGUCUGCAUCCUGGGGAUGGGCUGCAUGGUGGGAGCUGAUGUGCUCGUGGGAAGGCAUCAGGGAGCAGGGGAAAAUAAACUGGUAGGGGACCUCCUGGUCCUAGGAGGAGCCACGCUGUAUGGGAUCUCUAACGUCUGGGAAGAAUCCAUCAUCCGAACUCUGAGCCGAGUGGAGUUCCUGGGAAUGAUUGGUCUCUUUGGUGCAUUUUUCAGUGGAAUUCAAUUAGCCAUCAUGGAACACAAGGAGCUGUUAAAGGUGCCCUGGGAUUGGCAAAUCGGGCUACUCUAUGUUGGCUUUAGCGCCUGCAUGUUUGGUCUCUACAGCUUUAUGCCAGUCGUCAUAAAGAAAACAAGCGCCACCUCGGUCAACCUUUCUCUGCUCACAGCGGACCUCUAUAGCCUGUUCUGCGGACUGUUUCUCUUCCACUACAAGUUUUCAGGACUUUACCUCCUGUCUUUCUUCACCAUCCUCAUCGGACUGGUUCUCUACUCCUCCACCUCCACGUACAUAGCCCAGGACCCCCGAGUGUACAAGCAGUUCCGGAAUCCCUCAGGACCUGUUGUGGACUUACCCAGCACAGCUCAGGUGGAGCCUUCGGUCACCUAUACCAGCCUGGGUCAGGAGACAGAAGAAGAGCCCCAUGUACGUGUGGCCUAGAGUAAGGCCUGACCUGCCCUGUCCACUGAGGACAACUCAGAGGCCGUACGUUCGCCCAUCAUCUCUGUAUUGUACAUAGAGAAAGGUAUUUAGUCGGUGCAUUUUCACAGGUGGACUGCAAGGUAGCUAAUCCUCCUUUUGUAAAAAGAACAAGCUGGAGACUCGGGCUUCGAUCCACCUGACCCAGAGAGAGGCUUUGCUAGUGUGUAUCCUGACCCAGCCCCAACCCCCGCAUUAAUUACUGUGAACAUUUUUGAAUCAAAACCAAGUAUUAUUGUUACUAUGAUUUUUAUUAUUAACUGUUACUGUUAUUACACUGACUUUCAGAAGAAGGUUUUUUUUAUUCCUGAUGGGAAUUAUUGCGAGACCCUUGUGUCGUCAACCUAAGCCCCACUUUUCUAUGGCACGUCACUUUUUAAGAAUCAUACUUUUGGUUUGUUGGUUUUGCACAGACUAUAUGAGUGAUGCAUGCCACAGAAGCUCCAACCCCGCCCCCACCUCAAAAGUUUCCCCCUCCUGGUGACCUUGUGGCUAAUGGUUUCCUCUGUCACCUGUUGGAUUGCCUGCUCAUUAAGGAAUUUAUGUUGUGACCCUUGUGGGGAGGGGAAACUGACCGUAUAAUUCUCUAUUCUAGGAAUAGAUAUAAAACAAACACUUUUAGCCUUCUUAUAUUCCAUUUCCUGCUUAUUCCAGGCCACUGGCUUUUUUCUGUUGGGCCAGGAGAGUCAUUUAAUCCAGCCCCGUGACGGCAGGAUAAGGACUUUCCCAGUUUUCUGGCAUAAAGAAACCCUAGAAAUAAAAUCGCUUAUGGUUAGGGUUAUAUGUUUUUAAUUUUUUUCUGUCAUUCCCUCUAUCUCUCUCCUCAAAAAUUAGUUUUUAUUUUUCAAUUUUUUUCCUUAAUGAUGUGAUGGAAAUCAGUCAAGGCCCUGGAAAAGCCAUGAGUUCUGCCCUCAUGUGUGUGUAUGUAUACACACACACACACACACACACAUAUAAAAUCUUUCUUGAAGUAUACCAACAUGAAAAUUAUCUUUACUGUGGAGCGCUACUGUUUAUGCCACCUCUUGGAGGCAAGGUACUAGUAUGGAGAAAUCUCUGUUAGUAGCUCAUGUUCUGGCUACUUCGUAGUGAUAAAGAUGUCACCAUUGAGAACUCUGCCAUUUUGGUCACAUUUGGUACCCAUCUAGUAGCUGAGUAUAAGGGUAAGCAUUCCAACACACAAAGAAUGCGACAGCAUCCUGUCCUGACAAAGCUUGCUACGUCACUAGUUUAAUCAGUUCUGUUGUCCUCAAGAAUAUCUUUCUUCUCCUCCAAACACAGGAAGUCAAAAAUCACCACAGGCCUUUAUAAUGUAGAAUAGAUUCCAUGUGUCCCUGUCUGUGUGGAAGAACUCUGUAGCUUGGCUGACUUCAAUACCAUUCAAAGGGAUCCUCGAUGGAGUUACAGGGCUUGUAUAAAUGUUUAUGAAACUUGAGGCAAUUCUAUUCAACAUAUUUUAAUCAAGCAAACAAAACAAGAUACUAGUGUGUGUGGUGAGGGAGGGAGAUUCUCAUUAAGUGAGAACAGAUCGCCAAGUAGGGCCUGAAAAACGCCUGAACAUGGCAGCCGAAACCCUCAGGCUGUCCACCAGGAGACCCCUGACCUCUGAGCCCACCUUCUUCUUUCUAUGAGGAGUCACCUUCAUCCACUUUGAUAAAUCUCACCAGAACAACACACGCACAAAAUAAGCAAUGUGCUUGAAAAUUGUAACUCAGUUUUAAAUUUUUUCCCCAUUGGAAAAUAUAACUUUUCCUCUGACAUAUUAUUGAGUCCUGACCUAGGAGCUAGAAAACAAAGCUGUUUCCUGGUAUGCAGAUUUUGUGUCUGUUCAGCCAUUUUAAAAAUAGGUUUUCUUUAUUAGGAUAGGGUGGGCAGUGGGGAGAAAGGUUUGUGCUAAAGCUACAUAUUACAUCAUAAUAACCUUGCCAACAUCUGUCUUCUGCUACCUUUUAAGCCCAUUAAAUACCUUUCUCUGCAUAUUUUGUCCAUUCAGAUCCGAAGACCUUUAAAGACUGUGCUUUUGUUUUUAUGUUUACAUUCCUUUGGUUUGCAUAAUUUACUUGAUUUAUUGGAUUUUGAGUAUUUAUUUUAAGCCAAAUGUCUUUGUCUUUUUGCUUCAUUUUUAUGACACUAAUUUGUAGACACUCUAUACACCCUUAUGACAAACAAGUGGCUGAAAUUAUUUCCAAGUCUAUUCAGUGGACUGGGAAUAGUUUAAAAAUUAAAGUUUUGAGG